UCUGCACAGGUUCCUUUAGUUAGCUUUGCCAGCUCAACACCUCUGCUAUAUCUAAACCAUUUAGCCGCCACUGUUGUGCCUUUCUUGCAGAGUUUAUAAAUUAAAGCACAGCCUUAAAUGUGCCAUUGCAUAUAGAUGAGCUGUCAACCAGUUUGAGCUGACACAGUGACACAUAAAUACCAAAGGAGACCUUGAGCUCUCUUCCAUCUGAUACAGGACCUGCAGGACCAAAGCACUGAAGAAACCUACAGCUCCAGGGAUAUUGCGAGUUACUCACUGUGCAAGAAGCAGGGCAGCCUUCUCUCUCUUCUGUGGCCAUUCUUACUGCUUAGCAAACAAGACUACUUUGUCGAUAGAGGGAAUGUUCAAAUACUUCCGGAAGCGCUUUGCCAGCCAUCUGACGGAACGCAGUCGCCGAAGAGCAAGGCUGGUAUCUAAAGAUGGAAGGUGUAACAUAGAGUUUGGGAAUGUAGAAGAACAGUCACGGUUUGUCUUCUUGGUUGAUAUAUGGACCACCAUCCUGGACCUAAAAUGGAGAUACAAGAUGACCAUCUUCAUCUCAGCAUUCUUAGGCAGUUGGUUCCUAUUUGGUCUUCUUUGGUACGUUGUGGCAUAUAUACAUAAAGAUCUUCCUGAAUUCAGUCCUUCCAUAAACCACACCCCAUGUGUGGAGAACAUAAACGGCUUGACCUCUGCUUUCCUGUUCUCCCUGGAAACCCAGGUUACCAUUGGCUAUGGCUUCCGGUGUGUCACAGAGCAGUGUGCCACUGCCAUUUUUCUGCUGAUCUUCCAGUCUAUUCUUGGAGUCAUCAUCAACUCUUUCAUGUGCGGCGCUAUCUUGGCCAAGAUUUCUAGGUCCAAGAAACGGGCCAAGACCAUCACCUUCAGCAAGAAUGCUGUCAUUAGCAAACGAGGCGGCAAGCUGUGCCUCCUUAUCCGGGUGGCCAACCUUAGGAAGAGUCUACUGAUUGGGAGCCACAUCUAUGGGAAGCUUCUGAAGACGACCAUCACUCCAGAAGGAGAGACUAUCAUUUUGGACCAGGUCAACAUAGACUUUGUGGUGGAUGCUGGCAAUGAGAACCUCUUCUUCAUCUCCCCCUUAACUAUUUACCACGUCAUUGAUAGGACCAGCCCGUUCUUCCACAUGUCAGUGGAAACCAUCCUCCAGCAGGAUUUUGAGCUAGUGGUAUUUUUAGAUGGCACAGUGGAAGCCACUAGUGCUACCUGUCAGGUCAGGACAUCCUAUAUCCCAGAGGAGGUACUCUGGGGCUACCGCUUUGCUCCCAUCGUAUCCAAGACCAAGGAAGGGAAGUAUAGAGUAGACUUCCACAACUUCAGCAAGACUGUGGAAGUAGAGACUCCUCACUGUGCCUUUUGCCUCUACAAUGAGAAGGAUGCUAAAGCCAAGGCAAAGAGAGGUUACGACAACCCUGGCUUCAUCCUAUCAGAAGUCAAUGAAACCAGCGACACAAAAAUGUAGCUCUGUAUGCUCAUGGGACUGGGGCAUUUUUUAUCGUAACACAAACUCAAUACGGAGAUGCCCAAUAACCUAGUAGCGCAGAAGAAAAAUGAACAGGGCUGUUUUGACAUGAAAAUAGCUCCUGAUUUUUCAAAAGAAUUAAAUCAAAUCAGACCACCACACCAGUGAUCUCUGGGAGGCUA